AUGUUUCGAAAUCGGACGUCUUCACAAAAACCCGGCGAUGAAUUCAUCGCCCACUUUCGCCAAAAGUUCCCAAGUGUAGUGCUCUCCUCUCAAGGGGGUUCCAGUUCGGGGAACACUUCACUCGACGGUACAAUUGCUGCUGGUCCCCAACCAGAUAGACAUCACAGUGUGGGCAGUGAAGAUAUGAAAGACCUUGAUCCGACACCUAGAGCGCAGCAUGAACCAUGGCGAUUCACGCCCUCCCUCCUCGAUCCCAAUUCGUUCGCCUUUACGUCUUUUGCAAACCAGCCCCCGGGAUACUACACUCCUCCGCCCGGCGGCUUGAAUACUCUAUAUCAUCCCCAGGCUGGCGACCUCCACACCCCUGGGAUAGGUCUGGGUAUGGGGCUUGGAACACCCUUAUCCGACCCUUCCUCAGCAGACGGUCUCCAUCAUGGCGGCCUCAUGAACAUGUCUGCUUUCAGUCAUGACAUGAAUCCCCAGUUUCAAAAUUACAAUCCCUUUAGCCAUCCGCCUCAGCAGCAACAGCAACAGCAUCAUCAGCACCAGCCCCAGCAGGUAUCAUACGCUCCAUCCUCGUUUGUGCACCAGGAUACGGGUUAUGAGACAAUGGAACAGGAUGUCUCUGUUUCUCCAAUGGAUGAUCGAGGCCGGAUGGGAUCCAUGGAUGCCAAUCUUCAGCACCAUUCGCCGAUUAUGGCCUUCCAGCCCGCCCAAUAUGAUAUGGCUAUGGCAGCGCCAGAGCCCUCACCAGCUGAGAAGUUCCGUUUCCGCGUCACGUUGAACGCACCAACGGCGAUGAUCAAGCACGCAGACGAGAUUCCGGUUACGUAUCUCAACAAAGGACAAGCUUACUCGAUUUUGAUUGUCGAUACUGCGCCGACUAUCCCUAUUCCUCCCGGAACUCGCUACCGCACCUUUGUUCGUAUCUCGUUUGAAGACGAGCAACAGCGACAGCGGCCGGCAACGUGUUGGCAGCUGUGGAAGGAGGGACGAGGGACGAACGAAGCCCAUCAACGGGGCGGCAAGCUUCAAGCUGUUGAGUAUGUCGAGGCUAAUCAACCCGCCGAGGGUGACGACAAGAAGACUCGGGUGCAACUCGAUACCGCAUCUUUCGAUGGCUUCUCCGUCAUAUGGACUCCGGGUGUCAAUGGCUCUGCAGAAUGCAGCAUUGCAGUCCGCUUCAACUUCCUCUCCACGGAUUUUAGCCACUCCAAGGGCGUGAAAGGCAUUCCUGUACGGCUUUGUGCUAAGACUGAGAGCAUCCCGAUUGGAUCGCCGCAUUCCGCCGCCGCGGGCUUCUCAGAGGUAGCCUUCUGCAAAGUGAAGCUUUUCAGGGACCAUGGGGCCGAACGCAAACUAUCAAAUGACAUCGCGCAUGUCAAGAAAACCAUUGACAAGCUCAGGCAGCAGAUCGCCCAGGCUGAAACCGGAAUGAAAGAUUUCGGUAAGAAGAAACGUCACGGUUCGGUAUCAACCCAAGGCCAGGCGGCUCAAAGGUCAGGGAGGGUUCAGAAACACAAGCGGACUUGGUCAACGUCAUCUGCUUCAUCAGCCGGACGAUCUCCGAUUGAAGAUGACCUUAUGUUUAAGCUCCAGACCAUGCAAGAUAUGCUCACGAGCACGAGAUCAGUGAGCAUACUUUAUCUCCGGGGCGAAGAGCAUGAUGAUCCGGAUCUCCAUCCAGUAGCUCUGGUUGGUGAGCCACUCGAUCUUACAAAGGUUGAGGCAAACGUGUUACGGCGCCCGAUGAGCAGCGAUCACUCCACGCCAUCGCUCGUCUCGCCUACUCCAAGUUCGAUAUCAAUCUCGUCCCAAGGGUUGAACAGCACCGCUGCGCCGCCUCCGUGGACCGAAUUCCUCGCUCCCGGAGACGUCCACUCAUCAGCUCCCCAGCAACUAGCCAGUCCUCCUGAUCAGCUCACCAAAGUAGCCAAGACGGACGAGACAGGGAAGCCAAGCAGCUGGAUCGAAGCACUGGGGGUUGAUCCCUCGUACAAGCCACCACCCGAGCGUCUGGUCAAGUCCGUGGCUUGUUUCUAUAUCCUCCAUCGAGAUCCUGCCCAUCCCGAUAGGCAUGAGUAUCAUCGAGCGAUCUAUCUCGCGGAGCGCACGCUGAAGGAUUUCACGAGCAGAAUAGCCGCGAAAUGGAAUCUCGAGCCGAGCAAAAUCCUGCGGAUGCUCCAUGUCACCAAGGGAGGCUUCCAAGUCGAAGUAGACGACGACGUGAUCAGUGAGCUUGCCGAGGGUCAAGAUCUCAUUAUGGAGAUUGUGCAAAUCAAAUCAGAGCUCAAACACGAGUGGGACAUGGCUGUCGACGACGACAGCGACGACACUAUCCACACCGAGGGCUACGAAAUCCGGUUGAUUUUCUAG